CAUCAUUUCAUUUGUUAUCAACAUCAUAUAUUCUUCAGUCCUGUGCUGUCUAUCUCUCUUCACAAGCUCACCGAUCUGCUAUUUUUCACUUUCCUCUCAACAAGCAACUGAGGUGUUAUUGUAAAAGGAAAAUCUACUGAGUUGAGCAUUUAGAUCCAAAAGCCUCAAAGAUGUCUUUUAUUGGCACCCAACAAAAGUGCAAGGCCUGUGAAAAAACAGUCUAUCCCGUUGAUCAGCUAUCUGCUGAUGGCGCUGCUUACCAUAAAGCUUGCUUCAGAUGCUCUCAUUGCAAAGGAACAUUAAAGCUGAGCAACUAUUCCUCCAUGGAAGGUGUUCUUUACUGUAGGCCUCAUUAUGAGCAGCUCUUCAAGGAGACUGGCAGUUUCAAGAAGAACUUCCGGUCACCUGCAAAAGCAGCUGACAAGACAACUCCUGAGCUGACAAGGUCCCCUAGUAAAGCUGCUAGCAUGUUUUCUGGGACACAAGAAAAGUGUUCAACAUGUGGCAAAACUGCUUAUCCAUUGGAGAAGGUAACAGUGGAAGGUCAGGCCUAUCACAAAUCAUGUUUCAAAUGCUCACAUGGUGGCUGUCCCAUAACGCCAUCGAAUUAUGCAGCCCUUGAGGGCGUUUUGUACUGCAAGCAUCAUUUCUCCCAGCUUUUCAAGGAGAAAGGGAGCUAUAAUCAUCUUAUUAAGUCUGCAUCAAUGAAACGGGCAGCAACCUCUGUUCCACAAUCUUGAAUCUUUGUGCUUUCUAUUAGUUUUAGUUUUUUGUCUGUUGAGCAAGUGUGUGUUUUUCAUUUUGAUUCCACCAUGACUAAGAUCCUUUCUUAUUUACUUACUUUAUCAUAUAUGCGUGGCGUCACUGGUGUGCAAAUUAUAUUGU